AUGAAAUGUUUAAUUGUGAUAUUAAUUGUUGUGUUAAUUAUUGAGAUUAUUGAAUGCCGAUAUAGUAUUGUAUCAAAACGCAAAUCACAACCAAUCGACACUUCAACUGAAGAUAGUGCAGAAAAGAAGGCUCCGAAGUACGAGUACCAUAGGAUGAAAGCUCUUAACUUCGAUUUCAGAAAAAUAUUACAAACAAUAGAUAACAAGACGAUUUAUAGCAAUUCUAAACCGCGAGAAUCACCGCCUAUGGCACAUUACGCAGCUUUUGUUGGCGAUUACUGUGCUACUGGUAAAACAAGAAUAAAAGAUAUGUGUAUAGAUAUUGAUUAA